AUGGCAACUACGCAACUGACUAGACAAAAAGUCGAUACUAGGACUGCCAUCUCGGUCGAUCAAAGUCAAAAGCUUGUACAGACUAUGCUGACUAUGUCUUUCGGGUGCCUAGCCUUUCUCAGAGGGUUAUUUCCUGAUGAUAGCUUUGUCGACCAAAGAUUUGUCCCUGAUAAAGUUGAUAAAAACUAUGACAGAAACAACUGUGCUCAGAAUAAUUCAAUUAAGAUUAAAACAUUAGCUCGUGGUAGAAAUUCUGAGGUUGACGUUUUGUUAGAUUGGCUAGAGAAGGCCGUUUUCAAGUCUAUCAGGCUAAAAUUCUUGAAAGCCUUAAGUUUGGGAAUAUUUUUGGAUGAGAAUAACCCUCAAGAGAUGAUUGAGAAUUAUAUUUUUUCAUUCGAAUAUGACAACGAUGAAGUUAAGAUGAAUGUUACAAACAAAAAUACCACUGGCAACCGAGAUGAUUCUAUUUCCUUAUUAGAUUCUCGACGCAUGGCACAGCAACUCAUGCGAAGAUUUAUAAUCAUUACGCAGUCCCUCGAACCUUUACCCCAAAGAAAGUUCUUGACAAUGAGACUUAUGUUUAAUGAGAAUACUGAUCCAGAAUACCAACCUCCUUUUUUUAGAGAUGCUACUUUUGAGAAACAAGCUACAAUAAAAAUACCUACGACGAUGGAAAAGGAAAUUACAGAGAUUGGAACUCUGGAUACAAAAACACAUAAGCUAAGCUUGAACAUUCUCUCUGCUUGUGAUUUAAAGGAAGGGGAGCAGACUAUUGAGCUAAACCCAUUUGAUCUAGUAACAAAAAAGUUUACCAAGGUCGAGAAGACAGAACACCAUGAAGUAAGCCACCAUGAAGUAAGCCAGACAACGAGCAUCUUAGGCCAUCUUUUAGAAUCCACCCAAUGUUCUCUUCAACCAACUCAAGCUGUAGUAAAUCAUCAAAGUUUAACUACAGGAGCAUGCGAAUGCAGGGAGACACUCAGUAAAAGCUGUACUGCAUUCAAAACCUGCCGAAAAUGUGCAAAAGUCGUACAUGGCAUCUGCUAUGGUAAUGUUGGUACACAAAAGAUUGAUCAAUGUAUUGAAUGCCUGUGUGGUCCCGAAUUUAACUAUUCAAAUACUUACUUUAAAGAUCUGAUGCUGUUAAGAAAAGUUUAUAGGCAGAUCAAUAGACAGAAAGGCUUGUUACCCUCGGCGCUUUCUGACUUGUUCAAUAAUGUGACAUCCAAUAAAAGAGAUGAUUCUGAGUCAACAGAACGAUUCCAAUUCUGUAUUUCAGCGCUAUUGUUUGACGGUAUUCUUGUAAUUAACGCUAACAAUGGUAUACAAGGUCAAACAAGUCAGCAUAAAACAAACGAACAGCAGGUAUUGGUCGACUAUGACAAUAUAUGGUGCCCAGUAAAUGGAAAAUUGACCAAAAACCAAUUGUAUCACAUAAAGUACUUCCAAAUUAAAGCAAUCCCCUCUUGUCACCGAGACAUUAUACCUCAGUCAAAAACACAGGUUUUAUUAUGGAUAGAGGAGGUUAAAGAGCGGAGAACUCAAUUAAAUAGGUACAUUUCCGAUACUUUAGAGAUGGGCCAGCUAUCUCUUAAGGAACAUAAAGAAACUACUUAUAACGUACAGGCACAAGAACCACAUAAAAGAAAGAACUCAGACAUAGCUGACUCAAUGCCAAUUGAUACUCAGGAGUUUUAUCAGGAAUUAAAGGAUACUCCAAAACCUAAAAAAUACAGGAAAAUAAGUAUAUCAAAGAAAACACUUAGAAGUAUGUGGUGA